AUGGCCCCUUCUAAAGUGUGGGAGCAGUCAGGGUGGCAGGAAUAUCUAUCUGCUCGAAACGCAGGACUACCAUAUCUCCCAGCUGUCACGGAACUCAGCAGCGAGGUGGUACGAAUACUUGGCGGAAACCCAGGUGACAUGCAACUACAAGGAACCAAUACGUAUCUAGUCGGAAGCGGCCAGACUCGGAUUUUGAUAGAUACAGGACAAGGAUGUCCAAUCUGGCUCACAACUCUGGUCAAAUAUCUUGACCAACACCAGUUGAGCAUCUCCCAGGUACUGCUGACCCACUGGCAUUCCGAUCAUACCGGUGGUCUCCCGGCGCUAUUGGCCCAGUAUCCACAUCUGGCCGCGGCGGUCCACAAGGCUGACCCGGACCGGGGCCAACAUUCGAUUCACGAUGGACAGACCUUUACUGCCCAAGGAACUACAUUGCGAGCCCUGUUCACGCCUGGGCAUAGUCAAGAUCACAUGUGCUUUGUCUUGGAGGAAAGCGGCGCUAUGUUCACAGGUGAUAAUGUGCUUGGACAUGGAGGCAGUGUUGUUGUGGAAGAACUAGGACGAUACAUGAAGAGUUUGAAAGUCAUGACCCGAAGUGUGCGCAAUGAAGAUCUAACAAUUGGAUACCCCGGACACGGUGCCGUGAUUGAAGACCUGCCCGCCAAACUCAUAGUCUGGAGCAGACACUGGGAAAUGCGAGAAAAGAAGGUUCUGUCGGCGUUUAUGGGGGUCAACGCAAGGACAAGGGCAUCCUUGACGACACGGGAGAUCAUCGCAUGUCUCUACGGGCCCGAGCUGGAGGCAAUGGCGGGACCAUUCAUAGCUCAGGUUCUAUCGAAACUAGCCGACGAGGGGAAGGUUGGACAUGCUGUCGGAGGCCAAGAGAAGAAGUGGUUUAUCUUGUAG